AUGCCGGGUUCCGAACCAUCGGAGAUUCAGUGGUCAGCGAAGAGAGUCAGAGAUACUUAUGUCGAUUUCUUCAAAGGGAAAAGUCACAAGUUUUGGCCAUCAAGCCCCGUUGUUCCACAUAACGAUCCUACUCUUCUCUUCGCUAACGCUGGAAUGAACCAGUACAAGCCGAUAUUUUUGGGAACAGCUGACCCGAAUACUGAGCUCAGCAAGCUUACGCGAGCAUGCAACACCCAAAAGUGUAUUCGUGCUGGUGGAAAGCAUAAUGAUCUUGAUGAUGUGGGCAAAGAUACUUACCAUCACACCUUCUUUGAAAUGCUUGGUAACUGGUCAUUUGGAGAUUAUUUCAAGAAGGAAGCCAUUGAAUGGGCUUGGGAGCUUCUUACAAAGGUUUACGGGCUACCGACUGAUCGAAUUUACGCCACCUACUUUGGCGGUGAUGAGAAAGCUGGCCUUCAACCUGAUAAUGAGGCUAGAGAUAUCUGGUUGAAAUUUCUUCCACCUGGACGUGUGUUACCCUUUGGUUGCAAAGACAAUUUCUGGGAAAUGGGAGACACAGGUCCGUGUGGACCUUGCACUGAGAUACAUUAUGAUCGUAUCGGUAACCGUGAUGCUGCAUCCUUAGUUAACAAUGACGAUCCAACUUGUUUAGAAAUAUGGAAUCUUGUCUUUAUUCAGUUCAACAGAGAAAGUGAUGGCUCACUAAAACCUCUGCCUGCAAAGCAUGUCGAUACCGGAAUGGGUUUCGAGAGAUUGACUUCUGUUCUUCAGAACAAAAUGAGCAACUAUGAUACCGAUGUGUUCAUGCCUAUCUUUGACGACAUCCAGAAGGCCACGGGAGCCAGGCCAUAUUCUGGAAAAGUUGGUCUGGAAGAUGUCGACAGAGUUGACAUGGCAUAUAGAGUGGUUGCUGACCAUAUUAGAACUUUAUCAUUUGCUAUUGCGGAUGGUUCCCGACCUGGUAAUGAGGGCCGUGAGUAUGUUCUGCGGCGUAUUCUUCGUCGAGCAGUUCGUUAUGGAAAGGAGAUCUUAAAAGCUGAGGAAGGUUUUUUCAAUGGACUCGUAAGUUCUGUUAUUCGCGUGAUGGGCGAUGUCUUUACGGAGCUGAAGGAACAUGAGAAAAAAAUCACAGAGAUAAUAAAAGAAGAGGAAGCAAGCUUUUGCAAGACCUUGGCGAAGGGAAUUGAGAAGUUUCGGAAAGCUGGACAGGCAGUUCAGGGGAAUAGACUGAGUGGAGAGGAUGCUUUUAUCCUAUGGGAUACAUAUGGUUUUCCACUAGAUUUAACUCAGCAAGCUGGUGGCGCCAUUGUUAUGGAUGCUGAUGCUACAUCAACAUUGCACAAGACUGGUGUGUCAGCGACAGACGAUUCUUCCAAAUACAUUUGGUUCCAGGACCACGAGAGUGAAGUAAAGGCUAUAUACACUGGCUCUACUUUCCUGGAAAGUUCAGGUGCUGGUGAUAAUGUGGGACUAGUAUUGGCGUCUACAAGUUUCUAUGCUGAGCAGGGUGGUCAGAUUUUUGACACUGGAGUUAUAGAAGGCUCGUUUGGUACAUUUAACGUAUGCAAUGUCCAAAUAUUUGGGGGCUUUGUUCUUCAUAUUGGUUAUAUCUCUAAAGAAACUGGAGAGGUAUAUGUGGGGGAUAAAGUGACUUGCAAGGUUGACUAUGAAAGACGUAAACUCAUCGCUCCUAAUCAUACGUGUACACAUAUGCUGAAUUUUGCCCUGAAGGAAGUGCUUGGAGAUCAUAUUGAUCAGAAGGGAUCAAUUGUUCUUCCUGAAAAAUUGCGAUUUGAUUUUUCCCACGGCAAGCCGGUUGAUCCUGAAGAUUUGAGAAAAAUCGAAUUGAUAGUGAAUAAGCAGAUCAAGGAUGAAUUGGAGGUAUUUUCCAAGGAAUCAGUGCUUUCUGAAGCCAAGCGCAUCAAAGGUCUAAGAGCAGUGUUUGGAGAAGUCUACCCUGAUCCUGUCAGAGUGGUGUCAAUUGGGAGACCCGUCGAGGACCUCUUGGCUGAUCCCGAAAACAACGAAUGGUCAUUGCUUUCUUCAGAGUUUUGUGGAGGAACUCACAUAACAAACACCCGCGAAGCCAAAGCGUUUGCUCUUCUAACGGAGGAGGGAAUUGCUAAAGGUAUUCGUAGGAUAACUGCUGUGACUACUGAAUGUGCUUUUGCAGCAUUGGAUGUGGCUUCCUUACUUGAAAAAGAAGUUGAGGAUGCAUCCGAAGCUGAGGGGAGUGCAUUGGAAAAGAAAGUUGCUGCUUUGAAAAGCCGGGUGGACGGAGCAGUUAUCCCAGCAGCCAGAAAAGCUGAUAUAAGGGCCAAAAUUGCUCUGCUUCAGAAUGAGGUGAGAAAAGCUCAAAAGAAAAUUCAGGAGCAAAACCUGAAGAAAUCUGUCAAAGCCGCAACAGAGGCAGCCGAGGCCGCAGCAUCAGAUGGGAAGACAUUCUGCAUUAUCCAGCUUGAUGUGGGCCUUGAUGCAGCAGCCGUGCGAGAAGCUGUCUCAAAAGUCAUGGAAAAGAAGGGAAUGUCGAUAAUGGUGUUCAGCACAGAUGAAAGCACAAACAAGGCGGUUGUGUGUGCAGGAGUUCCAGAGAAAUCAGAUCAGUUCAAGCAAUUAGAUGUCACCGAAUGGUUGACAACUGCAUUGGGUCCUCUAAAAGGGAGAUGCGGGAAAGGAAAAAGUGGUCUCGCAUCGGGACAGGGUACUGAUGCUUCUCAAGUGACGGCAGCUUUAGAUCUGGCUGCAUCAUUUGCAUCAAUGAAGCUCAACUGA